AACGGUUGGUUCGAUGCGAAGCUCCCAGGGCUUAGCACGAUAUGCGACGCCUUUGGACAAGGCCCCUGCAAGCUGUCGCAGACUCCAAGCACAAAAAACUGGAGACACCGGCAGUGCAAAGCCAGAACGCGCGCACGGUACGCCUCUUGCCCUGGAGGACCCUACGUCGUCGCAACUUUCUUUUCCGGACUGCCGCGAUUGCGCGGACAGCAUCGACCACGGGAAGAAGAGUGCGCCCGCCCUCUCUCUCGGCGCGCAGUCGCAUCUCGCGCUGGCAGCGCACUUCUGCCCGGCGCUCAUUGUGGCAUCAUCAAGGAUUACCAUCGAGGGACGGUGAGAGAGGGGCAGAAGGGGCGUGGCGUGGCGAAAGCGACCCAGCCAUGCGAAAAGGAAUAGAUAGGUUGAGUGUGACGCACCGG